AUGGUGAAGGAGCUAGAGGAAGUCUCAGCGUUCUCAGUAAUGGCUGAUACUACCCCGGACACAAGCAAUAAAGAUCAGAUGGCAAUUGUUGUAAGAUACGUCAUCAAUGCCAAGCCGGUUGAGCGUUUACUGUGUCUGAGGAUUCUCAAAGACAAGUCCGGAGAAGGCCAUGCUGCAGAAAUUUUGAAAGCUCUCAAUGAGUGUAGUGUGGACCCACAAAAACUCGUCUUUCAAUCGUACGAUUUUGCGUCAUGUAUGUCUGGAAAGUAUAAAGGAUGCCAACGAGUGCUAAGUGAUAAAAUUCAAGAAGAUUUUCCACACAAAAAGGAAAUCCUUUACAUCCCAUGCCAGGCUCACAGGCUGAGUACAUAUGUAGAACGAAGCUCCAAAGCAAGCAGUCUUGUAUCAUCGAUGUUUGACAUAUUACAGUCAUUGUACACAUUCUUUUCUAGUAGCACCAAGCGAUCUGAAGCACUUGAAAAAGCACAAGUUGAAAUAGAAGGGGCCUUGAAGAUGCGAAAUCUUUCGCAAACUCGUUGGAUUGCUAGAUCUGAAUCUAUUGACAGUGUCUGGAUCUCUUUGACAUUAAUCGUCUCGCUGCUCGAGCAGAUAAUGGAUAGACAACUUGACUGUGACAAAAACACACAGGAUCAAGCCAAAGCAAUUUUGAAGAAAAUGAAAACAUUUGAUUUUGUUUUCAGCUUGGCUACUAUGAGAUUCAUAAUGCGGCGCUGUAAGGUUCUGGUUGUGCAACUUCAGGAAGAGGGUUUGAAUUUACUCGACGCACUUGAGCUAGUGUCAUCGACAACUAGGGCGUUAGAAAAGAUUCGAAAUGAAGAUGACGUGCAAAAGCAGAUUGAAGCUGCCACACAAAUUGCAAUGCACAUGGGAAUAAAUCCAGAAGAGGAGUUUCAGCACCGCCACAGAAGAAGAUUGAUUCCAAGAAGAAUUGAUGAAAACCGAGACAAUGAGGAGGCAUUCUCCUUCCAGACGUUUUAUUCGAAAGAGAUUUAUUCUGUACUUGAUCAGAUAAUUACAGAUUGUAAAGAAAACUGGGGUAGCAUUUUGAAGAAAAUAAAGCCGUUCACUGUUUUGUUGCCUCCUUGGGAUAACUUAAGGGAAGAACAAGCAGAGGAUCUGGAGCAUUUGUUGUCGGGGAAAGUUUCAAGUGGCAGUCUUAUUGCAGAGCUUACUGUUUUGAGAAAGGACUUCCAAGAGAAAAAGUUGGUGAAGAGCAUGACAGUCCGUGAAAUUGCAAAGUUCGUAUAUAGUCGAAGGCACAUUUAUCCGGCAAGCAACACAGCAUAUACAUUCCUUCAAACAGCACCAAUUACUGUGGCUUCAAAUGAAAGAUUUUUUAGCAAACUAAAGUUGGUGAAGACUAAGCUGCGGAGCACAAUGCUCCAGGACCGCCUGGAAUCUCUGAUGCUGAUAUCAUGCGAGAAGGAUUUCUCUGAAAAUGUCAACUUGGAAGAUGUUGUCAAGAACUGGAUACACUUAAAAAACAGAAGAGUUUGA